CGCAUCGCAGUGUGCGAAGAAAAAGAAAACGAAGUCGAAGGAGGAGAUAAAUUUUUGUGUGUCGAAAAUUUUUACCCAGCCAAUGUCGACAGAUUUUUAGUUUUUAAGCAUUUUAAUCGUGUCCACAAGUACCUAAGAAUCUCGCCCUUGACCAGAGACAAGUUCGUUACAUGUGAAGCAACAAAAGGCAGUAAUGAUCCAGCAGCAGAAACUCCGAAAAAUCAGCAAUAUCUAGUAGUUAGCGAGAACACAUCAUCCAGUCUUCAUUAGUUUUUUUUUCUUCGUACGACGAGAAAAAAAAACCCCUCAGGGGAUACCAUCCAAGCAACCACAAUUUGCGACGAUCAGAAGAGGACUCCUCCCCCACAAUCCUAGUAGGCACCGAAGGCGAGAUCCGUAGGCAAUUUGGAUACCCACAACACUUCCUGCGUUGAGCAAUAAGCUUUGUUUUGAAAAUCUUGGUGAUUGCGCGAGAGGAAAACAAGGAGGAAAGAUUCGAUCCACCACCACAACCCCUGCCAUUCUUGCCACCUUCUUCUGCCUAGCCUCCAUUAAACACAUAUAUACCAAGCUAGAACAAUCAUCCAGUUGAUCGUAUUGUUCCGUCCCCCACAUACAACUCCAUCCCUUAGGACGUACCCCCCCUCAUUCAUCGGUCAUCUUCUGGUCAGCAUACACUUCCCAAGGAUCGCCAUCAUCGAUUCAGACUUGCUCAUUCGCGUCGCAUAGCUCACCAUCAUCAAGUGUGACUCAUUUCGAUUCAUACCUCCCCAUACGAUUCACCCGAAUCAUUGAGCACACAUACACCUGAAGCAACUGUUGUUGUUAACUCUGGGCCCGACCCGCUAAAACUUUGUUGCUGCUUCGUUUCGCGUUGCCGCUGGAUGUUGUGAUGUUCUCGAACGGGCUUCCCUGCAAUCUGCCCUUUCCCAGCUGUCUCGGGGUGCCAAAGGAUAGCGGAAGCGACGAACUGCUGCCGACAGCGAUGGGGAGCCGCGAACCGGUCAUACUCAACGUGUACGAUAUGUACUGGAUCAACGAGUAUACAACCUCAAUCGGACUAGGCGUGUUCCACUCGGGUGUGGAAAUUUUCGGAACCGAGUUCGCCUACGGAGGGCACCCUUUCCCAUUCACCGGCGUGUUCGAAAUAUCCCCUCGCGAUCACGACGAACUUGGUGAGCAGUUUCGAUUCCGGCAGAGUAUUCAAAUCGGUUGUACAGACUUCACCGAAGAGGAAGUCCGUCGGAUUGUGGAAGAGCUAGGUAACCAAUUUCGGGGCGAUCGGUACCAUUUGAUGAACAACAACUGUAACCAUUUUUCCGGAGCCGUCACACAGAUUCUCUGCGGACAGGAAAUUCCAAGUUGGGUAAAUCGACUGGCCCACUUUAGCUCCUGUGUACCUUUCCUGCAACGUUGUUUACCGAAAGAGUGGUUGACUCCCAAUGCCUUACAACAAUCGAUAACAGCCAUACAGGAUCGUGACUCGGAUGCCAGUCCAUUUUGAGAAUAGCUCCUAGAUAGUGUCCGAAUUUCGGAAGCGGUUACACAGAGUUUUGCCACUCAAGGAAGGAACACAGGCAGCAACGCUCGCACCAACAAAUAACGAAUAAAGAUUUCAACACUGUUUCUGGUCCAGCGGUCGGCAAAACUCGCGAUGACACAAUAUACGCACGUGUGGUCUGAAUGAGUGUUCUCAACCUCUCAUUUUUUGGUAUCCCGCCAUCUGAAGAUGUUAUUUAUGAUAUUUGUUUUUUGUUUUAACUUGUCGGUUUCCUCUUAUUGUAUUUUUCAAUAAACCAAAUCAACUUUUGGGGCUAAAUGCCAUCAUCCAAUUGUGACCGUUAGGUUAGGUACGUGUGUUUAAAAAUUUCUCUGAAACAAUCGCUUCUCCAUAAAAUCCACUCUUUUUUAGAAACAGUAUUUUAAAAUAUUUUACAAAUAUUGGCUUUUCAAAAUUAUUUUCUAUGAAAUGAUAUUACACUAACUGGACUUCUAAAAAACAAUGAAAAUAAACAAAGAUGUAAUAUAUAACUUAAAUCUAGAUGGUCAUGGAGAAGAAAAGUAUUCGUUUCAAAUUGAACUUAAAAAUAAAGAAUAGAUUGUAAGCGACGAAAAGAAGUAUGUAAUAAUACAAUGCCUAUUAACGAAGAGAAGCAUGAUGAACACAGUCUAUAUUGAGGUGAUCGUAAAAAAUCGAUUGAAACCCAAAAGAUUUAAACACUGUUUGAACGGCAACUAAUACUAUUGAAUCUAACUGAACAUAGCAAAGGAAACUGAGAUGCACUAGAGUAGAAGGAAUUAACCAAUUCGAAAAGAACAAAAAACUCAUUAGUGUAUGUUAAAUUGAACAAAGAUCUAUAAGUACAGGAGAAUUUAUUUAGGGUGCUCGACCAUCCAACGUUGAAGUUUGACGAAGAUGACAAUGAAUGGCGACAAAACGAAGUUAAAACUCAGAAUCCUCCACUGGUAGGGGGAACAAUGGACGUACCAACAAUAUCACCAAGCAAAACACACAAGUAUUUAUUUCCGAUAGAUAUGACGCGAGUGUUUAAGUUUGUAUGGUCGUUCUGAUCGAUCGAUAGCUAUGGUUAUAGUGUAGUCAAAUUGCGUGGAUUGUUUGGAAGUAAGAUGUUUAGGGGAAAGAUCAAAAAUUGUUUCGAUAAGUAAGUUGAUUUUAGAUUACAUAUACACCUUUUUUUGUAAAUUAGGAUUUUUUGUAUAGCGUUUCCAUUAUCCUACUUGCCCGAUUUUUGUCGUAACAGUGAUAUAUGAUCUACUUUUAAUAAAAUAAACCCCAACACAGUGAUUAUUUUCGUGACACAACUGGUUUGAAAACAAGCCGAACAGGCUAAGAAAUAUAGAAAAAUGCAGCAUGAUAACAUCCAAUAGUAUUCGAUAAGACUAUAACACAUUAUUUAAAAGAAGAUAAACAGGUUGACACACGAAAGAAUGACAACACGUUUUUGUAUACAAGUUAAAAUCACCCCAAACAGACAGAAAGAACAAAAAAAAAACAAAUCAAUGCCAUUUUUCCUCCAACUUGAGUUUUUACUACUGAACAAAAAA